GAUCCACCUUGCCUGCCACGAAACCUCACUCCAUAUAUUUCCCAGACUUCACCAUUUCUAAUCCAUAUUCUCUAAUGACCUCCAUGGCCGCCACCACAGACUACACACUGCUCGGCCCGCCGGAGGCCCGCCAUGCCGCGAUCACGGCGUCGGCACCGACUGACGAGGCGGUCUCUUCUAACCCAACAAACGGCAACGGCAUCAACAAUGAGAGCAACGCGAUAGGCCCAGCGGGGAAGACACGCACCAAGAAACGUUCGCCGACAUACGCGUCCUCCGGCGACCCCUGUCUGGACUUCUUCUUCCGCGUUUUACCUGCCACGCCGCCAGGCACCGUGGCCAGACUCCUCGCCGCCGCGUGGGCCGCCGAUCCAGCCACUGCGCUCCGCCUCGUCGCCAACCUCCGUGGCGUACGGGGCUCCGGCAAGUCAGACCGGGAGAGCUUCUACGCCGCCGCGCUCUGGCUCCAUGCCAGCCACCCCGCUACGCUCGCAGGCAACGCCGCCAACGUCGUCGCCUUCGGCUACCUCAAGGACCUUCCGGAGCUGCUCCACCGGAUCGUGCGCGGCGGCGUGUCCAACAAAGCCGAGAGAAGGAUGGCCCUCCAUGCCGCAGGGCACCGCAGCGUCAUCGGCCUUGGCCGCUACCGCGACUCCCUUGGUCGCGUCCGCAACUACCGCCAGCGCAACCGGCGCCCCAAGAUCAACCGCACGGCAGAGGAGCGCCUCGCGGCCAAGCUGCAGCACGAUCGAGAGCUCUCGGCUGCGGCGGUUAUGCCGCGCCGGAUCAGGAGGGUGGAUGCCGCGGCGAGGGCAAUCAGAAUGUACCGCCUCGAGCCAACGUACCGGUUCUUGCACGAUCGCACGGCCGACCUGUUCGCCGGCCUCCUCGCGGAAGACAUGCGCAAGCUCGCCGCUGGCAACGUCCGGGAGCUCUCCCUCGCCGCGAAGUGGUGCCCGUCGCUAGGCUCGUCCUACGACCGCUCCACCCUCCUCUGCGAGGCUGUCGCGCGACGCCUCUUCCCCAGAGGCUCGUCGGCAGAGCUCCCCGAUGACCUCUCGGACGAGCAUUACGCGUAUCGUGCGCGCGAGCGCCUACGCAGAGCGGCGCUAGUACCGCUCCGCCGCGCGCUCCAGCUUCCCGAGAUCUUCAUGUCGGCGCGCGCGUGGGAGUCCGUGGUGUACACGCGCGUGGCCUCCGUGGCCAUGAAGAACUACCAAACCGUAUUCCUGAAGCAUGACGCGGAGCGCUUCAACGCCUACCUGGCCGACGUCAAGUCCGGCAAGAAGCGCAUCGCCGCGGGCGCUCUGCUCCCCCACCAGAUCGUCGAGUCCCUCAGCGAGGACGGCGACGCCGGCGUGGCCGACCUGCAGUGGCAGCGCAUGGUCGGCGACAUGCGCGCCCUGGGCAAGCUCACCAACUGCGUGGCCGUGUGCGACGUGUCCGGCAGCAUGACCGGCCUGCCCAUGGAAGUCUGCGUCGCGCUGGGCCUCCUCGUGUCCGAGCUCACCGACGUCCCGUGGCGCGGCCGCGUGAUCACCUUCAGCGAGCACCCACAGAUCCACAUGAUCACCGGGAACACCCUCUCCGAGAAGGUGGGCUUCAUGCGCGCCAUGGAGUGGGGCAUGAACACGAACUUCCAGGCAGUGUUCGACAAGAUCCUCGAGGUAGCCGUCGACGCCCGCCUGCCGCCGGAGAAGAUGGUGCGUCGGGUGUUCGUGUUCAGCGACAUGGAGUUCGACCAGGCGUCGGCGCAUCCGUGGGAGACGGACUACGAGGCGAUCGUGAGGAAGUUCUCGGAAGCCGGCUACGGCGCGGCCGUGCCGGAGAUCGUGUUCUGGAACCUGGCCUACUCCAAAGCCAUGCCGGUGAUGUCCGGUCAGAAGGGGGUGGCGCUGGUCAGCGGGUUCUCCAAGAACUUGCUCAAGCUGUUCCUCGACGGCGGCGGCAUCGUCUCCCCGAGGGACAUCAUGGAUAAGGCCAUCGUUGGCCCGGAGUACGACAAGCUCACCGUGUUUGACUGAAGGCGGUGUGCCGCAACAAAGUCGUUCAUCUUGUCAGUCAGACAAUGCCCAUGUUUCCAACUAACCUGAAGUUGCUUCUUUUUUUUUGCAUCUGAAACUUCCACAUUCGUGUGAAUCAGGAUGCAGUAAUAAGCAGUGCAGCAAGCUCAUCAAUUGUAUUGCAUAUGUCUGUCAAAUCAU